CACACACACACACACACACACACACACACACACAGCUCCACUCUCCGGGUCUGACAUCUGCUCACUGGCGCGUCGCUUUUUAUAAAUCAGGAAGAAACACAGAUCUGUACGGAGGCGCUGCUGGAAGCUGCAGUUUAAAACAACAGAACCGAGACCUAAAGGUGAAAACACAAAGUUAUGGAGUCUGGUGAGAGACUGCCAUCGUCCACCCACUCCCAGCCAUCCAUCAGCUCCUCUGCCACACCUCCAGCUUCAUCGCUAAACAUAAACAACGAUAGUGGACAUCUGUUUCAGCUUGUUAGUGAUCCCGGUUUUAGAGCGUCUUUCCCCAUGUUGAGCCAUCCAGCAUUCAGGCUGUAUGCUCCUCUAUCUGGAUGCUCAGAUUUCAGAGGCCUGGGGAUUUUGGGAUUGCAGGGAGGCUUAACGACUCACCCACAUCUUGGAGCAUUUCCAGACUGGUGGCGGCCGUCUGAUGCUCAACUCCAUGGAGCUGCUGCGCUCUUUCCUCCUUUCCUGGGCUUGCCUCCUCUAUUCACACCUCCAUCACUGAGCCAAUCACUCACUACCAAGAAGAACACACGUGGCUCUGCUAAAGGGUUGAAUGGUGCAGUCAGUGGCAAUGGCAAAGCCAAAUCUGCUUCCUCUGGAGCAAGCUCUACCUCCUCCUCACCCUCACCAGCUUAUACAACCUCUGAACACACCAGCACACUCAAAUCAGGUCUGAAACCUCAAAAUAAGACCACCAUAUCCAACCUCAACCACUGCAAAACUGAUCAGUCAGCCUCCAAUCCUCCAAACUGGAGCAGGAAGCAGAAGAUCAAGGAGGAUCAAGUCCAAGAGAAAGCCAGCCACAAAACAAAAGAGAAACUCUCUAUGACUAUGGCAGAGAUAUCUAGCAACAGUGAUAGCCAAUCAGGAUCCAGUUCUGACAGCUCCAGUGACACACUUAGCAGUUUGGGCUCUGUCGAUCUGGAGAAUGAAGAUGAUGAUGAGGAUCUGAGUGCAUGCAGCAUAGACUCAGACUCCCAGAGACGACACAGAGUGAGCAGGAAGGUCAAGGACUCCUCACAGAUGGACCAAGCUACUUGCUGCUUUUCUAGUAGACGGGAUAUGUGCUCUAUGGACCUAACACAAUCCCAGGCAUCUCCAUUACUCUUCCGCAAUUCAGAAGCCAGAGAAGAGCAAAGCAAACUCACCAGUGUCAUCCAGACAACAGGCAGCACCAAGGCUUUCUCUGUUUCUUCACAACCCAACCAAGAUACCGUGUCCAAACCUUUGUGUCUCACCUUGUCUCCCAAACCUUCCUCACAAUCAUCUUCUCCGAAAACAGUCUCGAUGACCUCAUCUCCAAAGCAUUGCUCUCUCUCUGCAUCUCCAAAACCACUCUCUCAAGCACGGUGUCCAAAGACAGCAUCUCUCUCCUCCUCUCCCUCAUCCAUAACAACAGCCAGGAAUGCUCCAGACGAGUCUCUCCUUAACAUCAGUGACUUCAAUCAGCACAAGCCGGCAAUGGAACACCAAGAAGCAAAGAAAUCCCUGAAGAAAAGUGUUUCAUCUUCCUCACUAUCACCUCAGAGUAGCCCAAAGCUCAAAUCCCCCAAUCCCCAGCACUCUAACCUGUUUCUCACCUCCACCCUGCUAAAGAACUCUCCACAUUUUAAUGGAGUUGUUCAGAGUACUGUGCAGGAUGCUCCCCUGGCACUUAUUACAAAACCUCGCUCAGACAACUCUAAAACCCCAGAUAAGCCUUUACUUGCAGCCACCAGUCCCUGCUUUAACAGUCCUAUCAACCUGAGCACUGGAGCCAGACAGUCUUACUCUGGGCCUCCCACUUCGGACCGAGCCACCGCACUGCGUGAGUCGUACAGGGUGAAUGCAAGGUCACUGCUCCAGGGAAAAAUGUUCAUGGGAACGGAGUCUGAUGUUGCCAGCAGCAAAGACUCUGAUGAUUCUGGGGAAUAUGAGGAGGAUGAUGAUGAUGAUUUAAGUGACAGCCUGUCAGACUCUGGUAGUAACCUGGACACUGACUCUGAUAAUGAUGAUGAGGAUAUUAAAGAUGAAGAAAUGGAUACUGACACGGAGAGCCACACACAGAGCAUGCCACUUAAACUCACUAAAAGCCCAACCUCUUUGACGGACCCUUCACCUGACCAGAUCAACAGCUCCGGUUCACUUGACCUGCAACUUCAUAAAUCUGCUAAGAUUCAGCAUACUGUCAAUAGAUCUUGGGCUCUGACCUAUCACAGCCCCCCAAGUUCAUCGUGUGUGUCCACACCCCCAGCAAAGAGAAGAAGAGUGACAGAUGAGCAGGCACUACGUAGGCCUCUCGAACACGGGUGGAAAAGAGAAACCCGCAUAAGUAAUAUCUGUGGACGCGUGCAGGGAGAAGUGGCCUACUAUGCUCCUUGUGGAAAAAAACUCAAACAGUACCCAGACGUUACGAAGUACUUAGCAAGGAAUGGAAUAAGUGAAAUCACACGUGACCAUUUUAGCUUCAGCGCUAAAAUAAGGGUUGGCAACUUCUAUGAAGCUCGAGAAGGACCUGAGGGUUUGCAGUGGUGCUUGCUGAAAGAGGACGAGGUUGUUCCUUACACCUUAGCAAUGGAGGCACAUAGAGGACGUCCUAAGAGUCUGGAGCUCCGAUGUACUGACGAUCCCUUCCAUUCUCACCAAGGAAAAAGACGACCACCUAGUGUGGGUGAGACUGAGGCGGCUAAUGCUACAUUGAUUAAACUACAGCGGAAACUGGAGGCACAGGAGAUUGCACGACAGGCUGCUCAGAUAAAGAUGAUGCGAAAGUUGGAAAAAAGGGCUCUUGCACAAGCGGCUAAAGAGGCCAAAAGACAAAAAGCCCUGCUGGCAGCAGAGGAGAAACGCAAGCAGAAAGAGCAGCUGAAGAUUCUAAAGCAGCAGGAGAAGGUCAGGAGGCUUGAACAAAUUCGUCUUGAGAAGGAGCUUCGAGCUCAGCAAAUACUUGAGGCAAAAAGGAAAAAGAAGGAGGAGGCCAUCAAUGCAAAAACAUUAGAAGCUGAGAAACGAAUGAAGGAGAAGGAACUGCGCAGGCAACAGGCAUUCAUUCUAAAGCAACAGGAAUUGGAGAGGCAUAGACUAGAAAUGGUAUGGGAGCGGGAGAGGCGAAAGCAGCACAUGAUGCUGAUAAAAGUCAUGGAGGCUCGGAAGAGAGCUGAGGAACGGGAACGGCUGAAGCAGGAGAAGAGAGAUGAGAAACGGCUAAACAAAGAGCGUAAACUGGAGCUCAGACGACUGGAGCUAGAGAUGGUUAAAGAGCUGAACAAACCCAAUGAAGACCUGUGUCUGCCAGAUCAGAAGGCUCUGCCAGAGCUGUCGCGGUUACCAGGUCUUCUGUUACCAGAUAGCUGUUUUGGGGACUGUCUGAUGGUGAUGCAGUUCCUGCGCUGCUUUGGGAAGGUGCUGCGUUUGGACCGCAGUAUUAAGCUGCCCACCCUUCACAUGCUGCAGGCAGGACUCCUCAACCUGAGCCCCAGUGCAGCUCAGAUGCAGGAUCUGCUCAUAGGCCUUCUCUCUACUGCAGUGUGUGAUCCAGGCUUUCCACCAGGAUCAAUGGUUAAAACAGCUCUUGGUGAGCAUGUUUCCAGUGUGGAGAUAAACCGGGAGAACAUGUCAGAGAUUUUGCAGAUCUACAUGGCCGCUCACUGCAGUCAGACGGACCUCUCACCACUGGUAGAAAGUUUAAAGACAAAAGGCUUUCAGGCUCACACCCCCACUCAGAAAGCCUCCAUCAUGGCUUUCUUGGUCAAUGAGCUGGCCAGCAGCAGGAGUGUGGUUGCGGAAAUUGACAAAAGUAUUGAGCAUAUGACAAACCUACGGAGAGAAAAAUGCAUAAUUGAGAGUAGCCUUCGCAAACUGAGAGGCAUCUAUGCUAAGCGGACCGGGAAGCGUGAAGGCAGCGUAGGAGGCGAAGAAAGCCAGGCUUUAGGAGCACCUACCCCUGGUCACAAGCGCAAGAGAAAGGUCGGAAGCAUUGAGGAAGAUGAUUAUGAGGAGGAUGAUAGUUAUGAUCAAGGAGAGGAGGAUGAUGAUGAAGAGGAAGAUGGAGGGAAGAAACGCAAGAAAACAGAGACAUGUGAGGAGGAGGAUGAUGAGGAUCAAACAACCAGUGUAGAAGAGCUAGAGAAGCAUAUUGAGAAAUUAACCAAGCAACAGCUUCUGAUCCGGCGUAAACUGUUUGAAUCGUCACACUCCCUGCAAUCGAUGAUGCUAGGACAGGAUCGCUAUAAGAGGCGCUACUGGGCCCUUCCUCAGUGUGGAGGCGUGUUUGUAGAGAGUACAGUGAGUAAAGAGGAUCCACAAGGGAUUCAGCAAGAAUCUGGGAGGUUGCAGAGUACUCCGUGGAUUUCAGUGAAAGAGGAACCCACAGAGGUACCAGCUAAAAAACCAUAUGACAGCCCACAGACAAAGCAUGAAAAUUCCUCUCAGGAUCUACAGCAGGAGAAUGGCUUGUUCAAUCUGUUCCUGCAGAAGCCAAGUUCUUUUUCCAAACUCAGCAAACUGCUUGAGGUCGCGAAGAAUUCGGGCAGUGAUCCUCAAGGCGUAAAUUCCACUGUUCCUCACUUGCCUACAAACGCUUCAGCAAUGUUACCCAACAGCCUCCCUAUGAACAUAAAUCAGGAAAUAAAAUCUGAGGUCAGCAAUUAUUUACUAAGCCCUGGCCAUGUAGACAUCUUGCAGCAUCCUCUACAUAGUGACCUACUCUAUAGGACUCUGGUAGAGAAGCAUUCUCAAUGGUUCAGCCUACUGCCACGUUCACCAUGUGACAAGUUUUCUUUAACAACCAGUUCUCCAAAUCCAUCAUCCUGCAGUGCCAAAGCCUCAUCACCUGUCACCAGCAACAGCAUGAGCCAGUCUACCUCUGCUUUCUCCAGCAAUACUGAGAACACCACCUCUUCUCUCAGCACCUUUGCUACUGCAUCAGUCAGUAAUGUUUUGAUAAAAGAACUUCAGGUGAAAAACAUGAUGGGUCUGCGUUUUCCUCUCUGGCAACCUGAAGCAAUGACUGCAAAUAUGUCCUUCAAGGGCAUGUUCACAAGACCAGGGGACUCCCUCUUGACCAGCAGUGUGGCCACCAGUCAAAGUGAGUCCCCAGUACCAUUGACUGACAAAUCCCCUGCUCUAGAAAUGGCCAAAAGCCAGGACUUACCCUCCCCACAGCCUAUUCCAGAAGAUAUGUGCACAGGGUGGUGGAAGGUGUCCAGUUCUGAAGAGUUAAACCAUAUAGUGAGUGCCUGUCACCCUCGUGGGAUCAGAGAAAGACUCCUACAGAAACAAAUCCAGAAACACAUGGAGUUCCUCACGCAAGUCUGUGCCAAGAACAAAGAUGCUGCCGUGAUUGAUGUGUGUGAGCUGGAGCAGAGUCAGGUGUGUGAGGAGACGGUGCAGAGAUGGUGUGUUGAAGAGUAUGCAAUGGAUAUGGACAUUGCUGUGCUGCAACAGGUGGAAGAGCUGGAGCGCAGAGUCACCUCUUACAGCCUACAAGUUAAAGGCUGGAUGCCCACAGAGCCACAGUCGAAGAGGGAAGACCUGCUCUAUUACGAGCACAAGGCUGUAGGCAAGAAUGAAAGCACAGGCAUUGUGCGACGUGCCAAUAACCCACUGGACAUCGCAGUGGCACACCUGUUCGAGCUCGAGCGGAACAUCGAGAGAAGGUACCUGAAGAGUCCCUUAAGCACCACCAUCCAGAUCACUCUGGAUAACCGGGGUAUAGUUAGCAUACCGGCUCCAGCUACAACAGCUAAUGCUGAUUGUGAUGGAGGUGUAGAAGAUUUGGCCCCAGGGAUGAAGCUGUGGAGGAAAGCCCUGCAUGAAGUGCGUAGUGGUGCUCAGCUUUCAAUCUGCCUGCAGCAGUUACAGCGCUCUAUUGCAUGGGAGAGAUCCAUCAUGAAAGUGUACUGCCAGUUAUGCCAGAAGGGGGACAAUGAAGAGCUGCUGCUGUUGUGUGAUGGCUGUGAUAAAGGCUGCCACAUGUACUGCCAUAAUCCCCAAAUCACUACUAUCCCCGAGGGAGAUUGGUUCUGCCCUGCCUGCAUAGCCAAGGCAACUGACUCGCCUCAGAAGAGUAAGAAGCAGGCCAGUCGGAACAGUGGAGGGGGUGAAAAACUGUCUGGAGCCAAACGCAGCAAGAAAGCCUGUGUGUCAGGAGAGGGCUCAGAGAAUGACACAGCCAGCACCAGUGCCAGCAGCACACCCAAGAAAGGAGGAAAGGAGAAAAGAAAGAGACAAAUGGAGGACAACAUUUGCACCAACACCACUACACAGGACCGCGCAACACACAUUUCUAAAGCAACCCGAGACAACAGUAAAGACUUGGAGCUCUGCAGAUUGCUUUUGGUAGAGCUGCAAACUCAUCAGGAUGCCUGGCCAUUUAUGAUGCCUGUCAAUCCCAAAUCAGUUCCUGGAUACCGCAAAGUCAUCAAGAAACCCAUGGACUUCUCCACCAUACAGGACAAACUCUCUAACAACCAAUACCUGAACCUGGAGACAUUUAUCAUUGAUGUUAACUUGGUUUUUGAGAACUGUGAAAAGUUCAAUGAGGAUGAUUCAGACAUUGGACGAGCAGGACACAGUAUGAGGAGAUUUUUUCAGCGCAGAUGGACUGAGCUCUUGAAACAACUAAAUUAAACCGAUUGAAAAGAUGCUGACAAAACUGACUCCUGCUGCUUGAAAUCUGUGAUCAAGAAAGAACUCAAAUUGUUCCUUUACCAACUCAUGUCACUGGUUUUCAUAAUGAGCUGUACACUAAUUCAGCAGUUCAGCAAGUCCUUAUGUUGAUAUGGUAUGGUGUAAAUAUGGUUUCAGAUAAAAUAGGGUGUCUCUUCAAGUGCAAUACAAAUUCUGUUUCUUUACAGAAAUUUUUAUCAAUUACAGCUGGGACUGAUGAGAGCUUUCCACUCUGUAAAAUAUACAAUGUUUUUUGUUUUGUUUUUUUUCUUUUUUUAAUAUAAACUUUACAAUUGUAGUGAAUGUAUUGUAUUUUUUAUUUAUAAUUCAUUUGGUAUUCUUUUUCUAUGAAAAGGAAGAACAUUUUAAAAAUGCAUUAAAGCAUUUUUUAUUGAAAUCUAUAUAUAUAUAUAUAUUUAAAAAAUGUUUACACUGUUAUGGUGCUUUAAUGGUACCAGGAAAUCCAUCACAGUAUUGCUGUAAAACUGAUUUAGCAAAAAAAAAAAAAGUUUUGACCAUUGAAGAACAGAGACUAUUAGAAGUGUGUACAUGGUGUCUACAUGUCUAACAAUAUGUAUGUGUGCAAUUCUGCAAACACAUUCUUUGUCAUUUUU